AUGCUGAUCCCGAUCCAACUCGUGACUUCCGAUCACCUCGGGUCAGUUCGGCCAGCUCGAGCCAUUUCUCCCGACAAACAAGGCAACAGUGGCAAGCCAGACGGGCGAAACAAUCCGCUCAUUCGAGGCGUCUUCUCCACCCGUCGCUGGAAGUCUGGCUCCACCAGCGAUACCGACGACGGUAGUGGCAGUGUAGGCAGAUGCGCCUUCGACCAACCACCCGCCUACCUGGCGUCUGGCUUCCUUUCGCAGAAGCGCCGCUGCCAGACGGGCAAGUUGCUCGAGCCGCUCUCGAGGAGGUUGACUGAGCCGACCGGCAAGUCGGUCUGCCCUGGUCGGCGACAGCAGCAACCAGAUGAGGCGGCCUACACCCAUUUGGUGGCAGAAGCAGACUCGACCCCCUCCGCCGUUGUCAGGGACAACCUCGUCCUCACCAGUUUCGCAAUCCCGUCCAAGGCGCCUGAACUCUACGAGGGCCCAGAGCCCGAGUGUGACCGUCCGAAGCAUCUGUCCUGGCAGGUGUUGGGGCCUCACGACCUCGAGACGUCGACAUGUUGCGAGACCCGAGCCGCCUGUGGUCUGCAGACGGGCAAACGAGGAGAUCGAGGAAGCAGAGGAGGCACAGCAACGGGUCUCCUCUCGUUGUUCACACAGACAGCCGCCAAGCGCCGCCUCGACCAGGAGGCAAGGCUGGCCGGUGAGCAGAUGGGACCGGGCAGUGAUUGUCCAGCCAACAUGACCGUCAUGAACCAGACGGGCGGCAUGGCCAAGUUUAAUCCCUACUGUACCGUCAGUUUUGUCUAG